AUGCAAACCCCACACCGUGACCAAGACGUCGAGCUGCGCGACAGUACGAAAAUUCUUGAUACAGCCUAUGUGUCUGACGUCGAUCCCCCACGCCAUGUCGUCGACGGUGGCACCCGCGCCUGGUCAAGUGUCGUCGGAGGGUGGCUUGUUCUCGCUGCUACUUUCGGAUACACCAAUGCAUUCGGAGUCUAUCAGGAUCUGUACACUCGAGCGGGCGACGCGUCGUCCUCACGCGUUAGCUGGAUUGGUUCCACUCAGCUUUUCUUUCUCAGUGCUAUGGGCGUCGUCUCCGGGAAGCUCCUCGACAUGGGCUAUUUUCGGACGACCAACAUUGUUGGUUCUAUUCUCUAUGUCUUUUCCCUUUUCAUGGUUUCACUAGCACACCCUGAGAAAUACUAUCAGGUAUUUUUAUCCCAGGGAGUCGGUAUGGGUAUUGGGGCAGGGUUGUUGUAUACUCCUGCCCUUGCCGUUCAGGCGCACCAUUGGCGCACGCAUCGCUCCCUUGCAAUGGGCAUAGUCUAUACUGGCUCUGCGGUCGGGGGAAUUGUAUAUCCCAUCAUGCUCAACCAACUGUUCCAUGGAUCUGCUGGCUUUGGUUGGGGAGUGCGUGCCAGUGCUUUUGUUAUCCUAGGCCAACUCGUCGUCGCGAACGUUCUCAUGACCACGAAUCCACGGAAACGAAGUGAGACACUUGAGUCAAAGCCAGACAUCAAGAGUAUCGUACGGGACAUUCCUUACUUGACAUCUUGCAUUGCCACAUUCUUCACUUUCUUGGGGGUCAUAUUUCCCUAUUUCUAUCUGCAGCUGUACUCGGUAUUGCACGGAGUUGAUUCCACUAUCUCCUUCUAUACGCUGGCGAUCAUGAACGCCUCAUCCACAUUUGGUCGCACCCUUCCCAAUUUUCUCGCUGAUUACACAGGCCCAUUCAAUACCAUCGUGCCUUCAUGUCUUAUUUGUGGUGUACUCGUCAUCGCUAUGCUAGGGAUUAAGUCUACCGCCGCCAUCAUCGUCUUCGCCAUUCUCUAUGGAUUUAGCUCUGGCGCGUUCUUCUCGUUAUGCACGCCUGCGUUGGCUACUCUUGCCAGGGAUGAGAGCGAAAUUGGUGUGCGCGUUGGCCUUGCUUUUGCCAUCGUGUCAUUGGCGUGUUUGGUGGGAACACCAAUCGAGGGCGCCUUGCUCGGUGCACGGUUUGCGUGGGACAGAGCCAUUAUCUUCAGCGCCGUGAGUUAA